AUGGCUGUCUGCCAUCUUUGCGUCCCCCCCCCCUCCAAUCCCACCCCUGUACCUCCCCCUCUCCCCAACACCCUACACCAUUGUGAGCAGUGUUACAAGCGCGGUAUGAAGGUAGCAGUGGUGGGAGUACCCAAGACCAUUGACAAUGACAUUCUGCUGCUGGACCAUACCUUUGGCUUCGACACCGCUGUGGAGGAGGCCCAGAGGGCGUUGCAUGCUGCCUAUGUGGAGGCGUCCAGCGCGUACAGGGGCAUCGGCAUUGUGAAGCUGAUGGGGCGGCAGAGUGGCUUCAUUGCCAUGCAUUCGUCGCUGGCCAGCGGACAGGUGGACAUGGCACUUAUCCCUGAGGUGCCGUUCUGUCUGGAGGGGCCCAACGGGGUGCUGCAGCAUCUGGAGUAUCUCCUGGACCGCCAGGGCCACGCCAUCAUCUGCGUGGCAGAGGGCGCUGGGCAGGACCUGGUGCAAGGGGAGGGCGGCACGGAUGCGUCAGGAAAUCCAAUCCAGUCGGACAUUGGGGUCUUUCUCUUGAAGCAGGUGCGGCGUCAUUUCAAGUCCAUCUGA